AUGAGAGGAGGUUUUCCUCAGGUGGUAGCUGCCAUUGACGGCUCCCAUAUUCAAAUUAUUGCCCCAGAUGAGCAAGUACAAGAUUAUUUCAAUAGGAAGCAGUUCUCCUCAAUAAAUCUCCAGGCAUGCGUUGAUUCAAAUGGACUUUUCUGCGACACAUUCGUUGGAAUGCCUGGUAGCGUCCAUGAUGCUCGUGUGCUAAAAAGAUCUGCUUUAUACACAAAACUAAAAAAUGGAACGCUAUUCAGUGUUAACAGACCAGUGCAGGUGCAGGAUGUUGAGGUACCUUUAAUGUUAAUCGGUGACCCAGCAUAUCUCCUAAUGAAAAAUCUUAUGCGACCCUAUUCCGGGCGAAAUAGAUUAACACCGACGCAAAAUCGCUUUAACUACAAAUUGUCCCAAUGCAGGGUUGUGGUUGAGACUGCCUUUGGUGGCGGCUCCUCCUUAAUAAAAACCAACAUGACAUUAGGAAUUUGA